AACCCGGAUUUUCUUUCUCACCAGGUUCGUUCCCUUUGGCUCUGGAGUUGCAUCCCGCUUGGCUUCCCCCAAACGAGAAGGGCCGAAGUGGGUUGCUGAUUUCUCCCCCCUUUCCAAGAACGCCUCUUCGUCGCCCUCCAAGAAACCCCCCCCCCCAAGAAUCUUCCUUAGAGGGGCAGCUUCCCCCCCCCCCCCAAAAUAUAGAAAGUCUUUGCAAAGAAACCCACUUCUCUACCCAGGUCAAAAUUGGGCCAAUUUCACCUUUUUAGAUGCUUUCUUUCCCGAAUAAAAUUGGGGAGGGGCAAUGUCCCCUUUUCCUUCGAUGCCAAAUCUGCCCGUCGGCUGGCAUCUGAAUUGUGCCAGUCCAGUAACACCCCUCUAUCCUCACCCCAGUUAAUCCAACAAUUUUCUUUCCAGUAUAUUUUUUUUCCUUUAAAAGUUUGUAAAGGCCUGAGCAGGGAAAGAGGCAGGACGGUUCCUAUCGGAAACCUUGCCCCCCCCCCAAAGACCCCUUCUAAGGUUUUGCAAUUUAGGGUGCUGCCCCGUUUUGAACGGGGUGUGUGUGUUUCCUUUUUCCCCUUCCUCCUUUUCCCCUCCUGACUCCCAUCGGCGAGGAGAACCGGAGGGGACCGAAUCACACCUUGGAAACAUGUUCAAGGGGGCGCGUGGGACCCCUCCUCACCUUUUUCCCGUAGAAAAACUCCGGAUGAACUGGCUGGAUCUUUGCCGUGCCUUGGAUUUGAUCUAAGCCGUGGGGUCCCAGUUCCUCUCCCCCACUUCUCCCCUCCCCUGCUUUGGACCUUCUCCCCCCUCCCCCCCCCCGAGAAGGGUCAGGGUACCCCCUUUGGCAUAGGGUGAAGUCUUAGGGGAUUCACCAUGGCUGGGGCCAUCGCCUCCCGCAUGAGCUUCAGCUCUCUCAAAAGGAAGCAGCCCAAAACUUUCACCGUUCGGAUUGUCACUAUGGAUGCUGAAAUGGAAUUCAAUUGCGAGGUGAAAUGGAAAGGGAAAGACCUCUUCGACUUGGUGUGUAGGACGCUGGGACUCCGUGAAAUGUGGUUCUUCGGGCUGCAGUACAUGAUCAAAGACACGAUAGCGUGGCUCAAAACGGACAAGAAGGUACUGGAUCACGAUGUCCCAAAGGAGGAGCCGGUUACUUUUCACUUCUUGGCCAAGUUUUACCCAGAGAAUGCAGAAGAAGAGCUGGUCCAGGAAAUCACCCAGCAUCUCUUCUUCCUACAGGUGAAGAAACAGAUAUUGGAUGAGAAGAUCUACUGUCCUCCAGAGGCAUCCGUCCUCCUAGCAUCCUACGCCGUGCAAGCCAAGUAUGGAGAUUACGACCCCAGUGUUCAUAAGCGUGGCUUCUUGGCUCAAGAGGAGUUGCUUCCAAAACGGGUGAUAAAUCUCUACCAGAUGACUCCAGAAAUGUGGGAAGAAAGGAUCACAGCGUGGUAUGGGCAACAUCGAGGCAGAGCCAGGGAUGAGGCAGAAAUGGAGUACUUGAAAAUAGCACAGGAUCUAGAGAUGUAUGGCGUGAAUUACUUUGCCAUCCGGAACAAGAAGGGGACAGAGCUGCUUCUGGGAGUUGAUGCGUUGGGCCUCCACAUAUACGAUCCAGAAAACAGGCUGACCCCCAAAAUCUCCUUCCCUUGGAACGAGAUCCGCAAUGUCUCUUACAGCGAUAAGGAGUUUACAAUCAAGCCUCUGGACAAGAAGAUUGACGUCUUCAAAUUCAACUCCUCAAAGCUGCGGGUCAAUAAACUGAUCCUUCAGCUCUGCAUCGGCAACCACGACCUAUUCAUGAGGAGACGGAAGGCCGAUUCCCUCGAAGUCCAGCAAAUGAAAGCCCAAGCGAGGGAGGAAAAAGCCAGGAAGCAGAUGGAGCGCCAGCGUUUAGCCCGAGAGAAACAGAUGAGAGAGGAGGCCGAGCGCACGAGGGAUGAGCUGGAGAGGAGACUCCUGCAGUUGAAAGAGGAGGCCACCAUGGCGAAUGAAGCUCUGAUGAGAUCGGAGGAAACCGCCGACUUGCUAGCUGAAAAAGCUCAGAUCACCGAAGAGGAAGCCAAGCUCCUGGCGCAAAAGGCCGCCGAGGCGGAGCAGGAAAUGCAACGGAUCAAAGCCACGGCGAUACGGACGGAGGAAGAGAAGCGGUUGAUGGAACAAAAGGUGUUGGAGGCUGAGAUGCUGGCACUGAAAAUGGCGGAGGAGUCUGAACGAAGGGCAAAGGAAGCCGAUCAGCUGAAGAACGACCUGCAAGAAUCUCGUGACUCUGAAAGGAGAGCCAAGCAGAAACUUCUAGAAAUUACCAGCAAGUCAUCCUACACCCAGCCCAUGAACGCCAGCACAACCGCCUUACCGGCUGACAUGUCAGCGUUUGGUGUAAUUAGCGAAAGCCUCUCCUUCGACUUCAAGGAUAACGACAUGAAGAGGCUGUCCAUGGAGAUCGAGAAGGAGAAGGUGGAAUACAUGGAGAAGAGCAAGCAUCUCCAGGAGCAGCUGAAUGAGCUGAAGACCGAGAUCGAAGCUCUGAAGCUGAAGGAGAGAGAGACCACCAUGGACAUCCUGCACAGCGAGAACCACGACCGGGGGAAUAGCAAGCACAACACCAUUAAGAAGCCUCAAGCCCAAGGCAGAAGACCUAUCUGCAUUUGAGACUUCCCAAGUAGCUUGUUGCAAGCUCACCUUACAGAGCACCAAAUCCCGCGUGGCCUUCUUCGAAGAACUGUAGGAGAAGACCGCCAAGUCGCUCCUGGGACGGCCUUUUUUUUUGCCUUGGGAGGACCAGCCAUAAACCGAGUCACAUUGCUUCUUCCCGAGCCAAGAGUUUGCAAGAGCGACUUCCCCUCGACGCGUUGCAGUGACUCGAGCCGGAAGACUUCGGUGUGAAACUUUGUAGAUCUUUAUAACCUCUCUAGAGCCAAUAAUUACCGUAUUUUUCGGAGCAUAAGACGCAUCCCCCCCACCCCUAAAAGAGGGUGAAAAUUUGGGUGUGUCU